CACCUGCUCGUGAGGCACGGCGGGGCGUGCUUUGCGGGUCGGGAGGCCUCUGCUGCUGCGUCCAUCGAGCGAUUGGAAGUCAGCAGCCUAGCGCAGACCUCCAGUGCGGUGGCCUCAAGCACUGAUGGCAGUAUCAACGCCGACUCAGUUGACGGGACCCCAGACCCUCAGCGUACAAAAGUGGCUAUCACCCACCUGCAGCAGAAGAUACUGAAGUUGACUGAGCAGAUCAAAAUCGAACAAACAGCCCGCGAUGACAACGUGGCGGAGUACCUGAAACUGGCCAACAAUGCAGACAAGCAGCAGAGCGCCCGCAUUAAGCAAGUGUUUGAGAAGAAGAAUCAAAAGUCAGCCCAGACCAUCUUGCAGCUGCAGAAGAAACUAGAGCAUUACCAUCGAAAGCUGCGAGAGAUUGAGCAGAAUGGGAUCCCUCGGCAGCCGAAGGAUGUCUUCAGGGAUAUGCAUCAGGGUUUGAAAGAUGUUGGAGCAAGAGUCACUGGCUUCAGCGAGGGAGUAGUAGACAGUGUAAAAGGUGGGCUUUCCAGUUUCUCCCAGGCCACGCAUUCGGCAGCAGGAGCUGUGGUUUCCAAACCCCGGGAGAUUGCCUCCCUCAUAAGGAACAAGUUUGGGAGUGCAGACAACAUUGCUAAUCUGAAAGACUCCUUAGAAGAAGGCCAGGAAGAUGGGACAGGAGGCAAGGCUCUAGGCGUUAUUCAGAACUUUCAGUCAAGCCCAAAAUAUGGCAGUGAAGAGGAUUGCUCCAGUGCCACGUCGGGCUCAGUGGGAGCCAACAGCACCACAGGGGGCCCUGUGGGAGCCUCUAGCUCCAAAACAAACACUCUGGAUAUGCAGAGCUCAGGGUUUGAUGCAAUACUGCAUGAGAUUCAAGAAAUUAGAGAGACACAGGCAAGACUGGAAGAAUCGUUUGAGGACCUAAAGGUUCGCUAUCAGAGGGAUUACUCAUUAAUAAUGCAGACUUUGCAGGAGGAGCGGUACAGAUGUGAACGACUCGAAGAGCAGCUAAAUGACCUGACUGAGCUCCACCAGAAUGAGAUCCUCAAUUUGAAGCAGGAGCUGGCCAGCAUGGAGGAGAAAAUUGCCUAUCAGUCUUACGAGCGAGCCCGGGACAUCCAGGAGGCGCUGGAGGCGUGCCAGACCCGCAUCUCCAAGAUGGAGCUGCAGCAGCAGCAGCAGCAAGUGGUGCAGCUGGAGGGGCUGGAGAACGCCACGGCCAGGAACCUGCUGGGGAAGUUCAUCAACAUCCUCCUGGCCGUCAUGGCCGUCCUACUCGUCUUCGUCUCCACCGUGGCCAACUGCGUUGUGCCCCUCAUGAAGACUCGCAAUAGGACGUUCAGCACUUUACUCGUAGUGGUCUUCAUUGCCUUUUUGUGGAAGCACUGGGAUGCCAUCGCCGGCUACUUGGAACGGUUCUUGUCCUCCCCCAGAUGAUGGCGGCAGGAACAGGCUGCGUCGCCUCCUCCCAGCGCUCCCAGUGAGCAAGCGUGGCAAAGAUUAGUCAGCAACUUCUCCGCUGAAGUUUUAAAGUGUCCGAGUGAAUUUGUUUACAUUUAGAAUAACGUUUUUUCUCUGCGAGAUGCAUUGCAAUAGUAUUUUUUAGAUUUUAUUCAAGAACUCUUUUUGGCGAGAAUCCUGAAUAAUUUUUAUGUAGCAUGGUCUCUUUGGAUGCAAAUCUUAAGAUUCUUUAAAGUGUACAAAAGAAAUAAAUAAAAUUCAGAAAUUUGGAGCAUACCAAUGGGCAAUUUAAAUUGUGGCUUGAACUACUGUACUAAACCUGUCAGGAAGAGGAGAACGUGGUUAGCUUAAGAUGAGCAAAGCUGAAUCCGAUGGUACCACAGCAAACCUGUAACACUAAACUUUUACUGUGAAGUCUGCUCACAUUCCAUGUCCAAAUGUAUGCGCUCAGAGUGGUUUCUUUCCUUAACAAGAGAAAAGCAGCGACGUGUGGAUCUCUCCCAGCGCAGCGCCUGGGUUCACCAUUCGUGCUAACCUGACUGGCAGUCACUUUCUCUGAGGCUGGUGAACUCUGCUCAGCGUUUGCAGUGGAAGCCUGGUGCCGUACACAGUAACUGCACGGUCGUGCUACAGUAUUUUGAAGUAGUCCUUGAAAUACCUUUAAGCAGAAGCCCUUGGUCGCACUUUUAAGGUUUUUUUUAUAUAUGUAUAUUCACAGAUUUAAAAAAAAUCCAAACAGCAUACUUGAAGAGUGUAAUACUCAAACUCUCAGUGCUUCCUUAUUGUUUCUAAU